AAGUUAAUGGUCCGAUUGCAGGUGCGAAGAUGCGUACGGAACUUAUAUUUCUAGUACUUCUAGGCUAUGCUUCGUCUUUGCCAUUGGCGUCGGAUCAAAAUGACAGUGUAUCAUUAAUCAAGGAAAGUUUACAAAAUGCAGAGGUAGGUUCAAGAAUCGGUCUCGUUGAAAGCAUAGUCCUAGCAUUGCUCGAAGGUUUGAGAAACCUGAUGAUAAAUGGCUCAGAAAAUUUCCCUGUUCUUGAUCCUAUAUUUGUGGAAAAUAUUAAUUUAAACGAGAGUACUUUAAAUAUGCCGAACUCUCACAUCACUAUCGACGAUUUGACAAUAAGUGAUAUUAGCACCUUUGAGAUGGAAGAGAUCAAGUUUUCCAUGGCAUCUUUGUUGCUUCAGAGAUAUAAAUUGGACUUCAAUUUAGUAAUCCCAGUUGUAAAUGUCAAUACGAGUAGCUACGAUUUGUCAUUAAGGGUAUUCGGUGGUGAUGUUUAUGGAAAAGGAGACAUGAAACUACAGAUCAUAAAACCAAGGGUACAUGGUUACUUCGUAAUUGGAUUUAGAACAAGUGAGGGUGGUAUUUUCAUAGUCUUGCACGAAUGCAAAAUCAAAAUUGGAUUGGAUUCUUUUGAGCCUGUAAUUACUGGUAUGUUCAACAAUCAAGCUAGCAGUGAUUUCGUUUCUGCUUUUUUGAAAAAUUUAGUCAAAGAAAUGUUGGAAUUUUUCGAGGAGGAGAUAUCAUACAUCCUCAGCGUGGUAGUUCUUAUAGUUGGAAAUCUAGUAUUGUAUGAAUUCGACUUGGCCAGCUUACUUCCUUUCAUAUAGCGUCAACACAACUAUUAAAUAAAAAAAAAAUCUUAAAACUAAAAAU